AUUGUGAACGUACCAGAGGAAAAUGGCGGCGCCCUGCAGGAGGGUGGUGAGUCGUCCUGUCAUACAGUUUCUGUCCUCUUUUUCCCGGACAGCGGUCGGGAAAACGGGAUUUCGUCAGUUUUCCAGCAGUUCUGCUUGCCGUGUGACUUUACAGACCCAAGAUGUUAUGGAAAGAGCGACUUCUCCGUAUAGUUUAGUGGCAGCGGUGUGUCUGCAGAGGCUGCCGGUUAUAUCAGCGGACUACAAACCUAUAGAGCAGCAGUUCAGGGACAUGAUGCUCCAGAUGGAACUGGAGAAGAGUGUCCUGUCAGACCACGAGCUGCGGCUACUGGAGGACGCUGAGAGACUGAGACGCAAACUGGCAGACGACUACGACUCGGAUGAAGAGGGUAGCCACGAUGACCAGGAAAUCGUGUUGGCGCAGGACCUGGAGGACUCCUGGGAACAGAAACUGAAGACCUUCCAGCCAGCGCCAAGGGUCAGAGAUGAUUUAGAUAAGAACCUGAACUCUGUGGAGCGCUGCUUGGCUGACUCGCUGGUUCUUCUGGCCGAGCAGCAGGUCGGUGGUGAGAAGAUCUGGCUGCUGCCUCAGACUCAGUGGCAGGAAGGAGAAACGCUGCGGCAGACGGCGGAGAGAGCCCUUGCCUCCCUUCCAGAUGCUUUUCCUCCCACAGCAGCUGGUUUUAAGGCGACUUUCCUUGGCAAUGCCCCCUGCGGUGUGUACAAGUACAAACUGCCCAAAGCUGCUCGGACGGAGAACUCAGUCGGGACGAAGGUGUUCUUCUUCAAAGCCAUUCUGUCAGACAGCAGUCCGUCCACAGCUCCAAACAAGUCUAUCAUGUGGCUGAAGAAAAGUGAACUGGAGCGCUACCUGAAACCAGCGUACUUCAUGAAGGUCAACCGCUUCAUCCUCAACCUGUGAAGACACAACCGGAACAUUGAUUCAUAGAAGAAUAUUUAUGAGACCCAGAAAAUCAUCAUUCUGUCUAUUGUCAUGUAUUAUAAAUUGUAAUUUUCAUUCAGUUUUUGAACAUUUCGUUACACAAAUAAAUUGUUUUUCAACUCA